AAUCGGAGAAGAAAGCCUUAUGUUCUAUCGAUACGAAGAGGUGGAUACUUUCUGACAGAAUUACAUCUCUAGCAUAUGAUCAUUGGAGGAUUGAUACAUAUGAAAGUAUGAUCAAAGCUGGUAUGACUCCGGAGUUGGCUGAAACAAGAGCUAUGAGUGUAAAGCUUAAACCUGAAAUCGAAUCUUUAAUCGAAGAACAUAUAGCAUAA